AUGUUACUAAAUAAACCUCGAAAAGCGAAUAUUGCUGCAUUACCUUUUUGUAUCCGUAAUAAUUUUAGAAGGUUGCCCAACAGAUUUUUAUUAUCGGAUAAUGAUGACAAUGAAAAAAUGCGAAGCGAUAAUGGUGAUGAUUUAGAACAACAAAGCAAUGAUGAUCAUUUAGAACAACGAACUGACAAUGAUCAUUUAGAACAACGAAAUGAUAAUGAUAAUGAUUUAGAACAAUGA